AUGAUAGAGGAAUUUGGUCCUCAACCACCACAUAAAUGGUUAACUCUACCAGAUAUGGGUUACGUGAUAGCGAAUCGUUAUAAUGUUGUACUUGUCUGUUUAGGAAUUGAAUGCUGGACUUUCUUCCCUAUGACAUCUUCAUUUUCACCGAAUGAGGCAAUUUACUGCAUUGGUUUUGUAAACAGAAAUCAUUGGGUAAACAUGAAAGAAGGGUUUUCAUUGCCACCAGUGACAGUAGAUUGGAAGAUGUUUCGUUCUCCAGCAGCAACAUCUUGGAUGAUAGGAUUUGCAGGACGUCUACAACAUUGGCAACAACUUAUGCCUAUAUUACCAACGCAUUUUGAAUUAUAA